UUUGUGUACACGACCUAGAACCGGACCUUCCAUAUCCCGCUGUCUAUCAACAAUCAUCAUCAGGAAAGAACCUUGCCAUUACUUAUUACAUCAAUCAUAUUCUGUUGAGAUUAAUCAAGGUCUUCCAUACGGUCAAGAGAGCAAUCACAACAUUGGCAGAAGGGAAGUGCCGUAUAGCGAAUCCUGCAUCGUUCAAAUCGAACUUCUCGAAAUCGAUAUCGACAUCUUACUCUUGCAAACUUCCUCUUCAAUAUCAACCAAACACCCUUACACACGAUAAUAAAGUACCUGUCUACGACCCACAACACCCUGUACCCCACACACCCUUCCAGCGAUCUUAAAUACGGUGGACGAAUUUACUUUGGUUAAGGUGCAGACCAGACCGAGAACUAAGGACACGGACAAAGUGAUCAGAUCUUGAGGAUUUGACAACGCCGCACCAACAAGGCUAUCCAAAUAUACGAAAGACGGUACUUGAGUCAACUACUCGAGUGCGAAUAAUACAAGAUGGCCGGGACGAGGAACUACGAUUUUUUGGUAUGUUCUGUUUUACUCUGGUCGGAUUUGCUUGGGGUCGUUUUGCUGCUGUUGUUGUUUACCCUUCAAUCUAAUCAAUCAAUCUAUCAAUCUAUCUAUCUCUACCCUCUACUUCCCCUAUCCUAUUCCAACUCCCAACCUCCCAUAUAAAUACAUUUACAAAUGCAUAUACAAAUUCUAAUGACAUGAUGUGCACCCGCAGAUUAAACUCCUCUUGAUAGGCGAUUCCGGCGUAGGAAAAUCAUGCUGUCUCUUGCGUUUCAGUGAGGAUAGUUUCACACCUUCUUUCAUCACUACUAUUGGAAUUGAUUUCAAGAUUCGUACGAUUGAACUUGAUGGGAAGAGGGUGAAGUUGCAGAUUUGGGAUACGGCGGGUCAGGAGAGAUUUAGAACUAUCACGACGGCGUAUUAUAGGGGGGCUAUGGGCAUUUUGCUUGUUUAUGAUGUUACGGAUGAGAGGUCUUUUACUAGUAGGUUAUUCUUUUCAUUUGUGUUUGGGGUUGGGUUUGAGGAGAGGGGGAAGAUGAUGUGGGAUUGGGGACGCAAAAUGGAUGAAUGUUAUGUAUGCUGUUGGAGAGAGAAGAGAAUUGAGGCGGGAAGGCAGAUUUGAGCAUCAGUUUUCUUAGAAAUUAUACUAACAAUUCACAACAGAUAUCCGCACCUGGUUCAGCAACGUCGAACAACAUGCGACUGAAGGAGUAAACAAGAUCCUCAUAGGCAAUAAAUGCGAUUGGGAAGAUAAACGAGUUGUAUCAACCGAACGCGGUCAACAAUUAGCCGAUGAACUUGGAAUUCCUUUCCUUGAGGUCUCAGCCAAGAGUAACAUCAAUGUGGAAAAAGCAUUCUAUAGUUUGGCAGCAGAUAUCAAGAAGAGAAUCGUGGACACGAGUAAGAUAGAUCAGGCAACACAGCAGGGUGUAGAUGUAGGUGGUCAAGGUGGUGGAAAUGGGGGUAAAUGUUGUUAAGAGGGAUUUAUGUGGUGUAUGUUUGUGGAAGGAGGAUAGACGUUUUGAUGUGAUAUGUUAGGAAAGUAAACGGAGGAGCAGCAAGAAGAAGACUUUUAUGAUUCAUAGAUGAGGGGAGGUGUGAGGGGAGAAGAGAAACAGAGGGGGUUAAGCACAGUGCAAAAAAUAAGACAAUGGUGUUGUUGUGCUGGUGUGGUGCAUAACGUAACUAUUACUUGCUUGCUUGCCGCUUGCUUGCUGGCUGGCUGGUUUACUUGUUUACUUUACACACACAAAACGUUUUAAGAGAUCAGCUUUAUUUAGUUUAUGAGAGCAGAGCCGGAGUUGGUACUGUGCGUUUUUAUUUGGUAGUAAAUUGAUUGGCGUGUGUC